GGGCAUUGCUGGACACUCGGCGGAGAUGUGCGCACAGAAAGAGGAGCCCUCAGCGGUUGGCUGUCGUCCAAGUUAACGGGCUGUUUUGGGGAUGUGGGUGGCAGCUGCGGACGGCUGGGUGUCGCUCGCUGGGGUUUUUUUCUCCCCUAUGUUUGCGGGGAUUUUUUUAUCUUGUGGAGGAGACGGAAUGAGAGAGAAGCCAAGAAGGAUUCCCCAGCAGCACUAUGGAGCCACGCAUUGCAGGCAGCUGUGAAAGGUGACAUGAAAAGUGUCUGACCCUCAACUGUAAACCCUUAGCUGGUGCUGGUGCACAUUGGAGUGUCAAUACGUAACAGCAUCAAGUUGUGGAGUUUGUGAAGCCAAAAACAGCAUCAUGUUCUACGGUUCUUCCUCUGGGGCCAGUAUGUCCCUGCCGUCCAAGAGCCGCCUGAAACGCCAGAGCAGGACCUUCACACAGGUCCUGUACCGAACUCUGAGUUACAGAGACCGUGUCCCAGUAGAAACUGGAACAAACACUCGUGGGGACAGGCGCUCGACGACUGAACCCCCAGAGCGACCGGCGGACGACCCGGCUGAACUCUCCACGCAAAGCUCGGCCCCCGGGGUGCUGAAGAUCUUUGGAGAUGAAAUCUGUGCCGGUGCCAACUAUAAGAGCGUGCUGGCCACGCCGCGCUCCAGUGCGCAGGAGCUGGUCAAAGAGGCACUCGAGCGUUACUCUCUCAACAAGAACGCUGCCCACUCUUACGUCCUGUGCGACGUGAUCGGCCGUUUGGAGGGGGGAGGCGGGAUAGGUGGAGGGGGGUGGCGAACUGAAUGCUUGCGUGCGCUAGGGGACAACGAAAAGCCGCUGUUGCUCCAAGAGCUGUGGAAACCCAGAGAAGGACACGCUCGCAGAUUUGAGCUGCGCAGGAGAGCAGAGGUGGAGGAAUUCAACGCCAAGGAGAAGGACACCAUCACUGCUGGGCCCAAAACCUCCCAAUUCCUGGCGGCUCUAAUGGGUCGGUCUGGGCUGGGCAAACACAGGAGCUCCCCCCUGCGGUGUGGUCGAGCGGUACAGUCCAGCUCUAAAGACAUUAAUGCUCAGGCUCGUAAGCUCCAGAGGAACAGGGCGAAGGGGACGCUGACCCUGCCCCGGUCCAGCAACUCAUCCUUCUGCCGCAGCCUCAGCGAGACCAGCCUCAACCAGCUGGGAGUGGGAGAUGAGCCCAAGCGUUAUUACUCCACCCUGCCAGGGCCCUUAAGGGGUCGAGAACGUGAGGUGGCCUCCAGCGGCCGGAGGAAAGAGGAGGGGAGUCAGGGAGGAGGAGGGGUAAAGCACUCACUUUACCAGUCCCCACAUCUCCUGCUGCUACAGGGAUACAACCGGCAGGACUGUUUGGUGUACCUGCUGAACAGAGAGCAGCACACAGUCGGUCAGGAGACUCCAUCAGCUCGCCCCAACAUCUGCCUCUUCUCUCCUGACAUCCUGCCUCUCCACUGUCGCCUGCGCCGAGUCCCUGCACCCCGCCGUCAUGCCAACAACAACAACAAGGGAGAGGAGCUGCCGGAGAGUCAGCGGUCCUGUGUAGCUGUUGAGCCGGUGCUGCACGCCACGGUCCUGGUGAACUUUUCCCGCUGCGAGCGCUCCACAACGCUGCGACACGGUGACCUCCUCUCCUUCGGAGCGCAUUACAUCUUUCUGUACAAGGACCCCACGGGCGCUAAGCCUUUGCCUGCUCAGACCUUGGCACGCCUUCGCUCCCUUGGGCAGCUUUACGAUGCUGGGGUGGAGGAGGGAGAGGGCGGCGCACAGACUUGUAAGAUGUGUGGUUCUGUGCUGAAGGACAAAGCAGCGCAAGUGUCAAGUGUUCCUGCAAUCAGACGCAGCUUCAAACCUCACCUGGUAAAACCCCGCAGCGCGGGGACAGUGGCAGGAGGGCCCCUUAGUGUGUCAGGAGGGGAAGGAGGAGUUGGAGGAAGAGGAGGGGGAGGAGGAGGUCAGAAGAGAAGGCUACAGCUGGAGUUUGACCAGGCUCAUGAAGACCAGCUGUUGAACCGGAUUGUGUCUCUCAUCGAACCUGGAGGAGAUGACCAUAAGCUGACGCCUGCCUACCUGCUGUGUCUGUGCAUACAACACUCUGCCUCAACCUUCCCACCGGGGAGUUUUGGAAAACUGUUGCUCAAGAUUGUCAGAAGAAUCCAGAGCAUCGCAUGGGAGAAGACAAAGGAGCUGGCUCAGAAGCAAGCUCAGCACCAGGACCCAGCCUCCCUGUCUCUGCUCAGUAUCUCAGACUUGAUCCCAGACCUGCAGACCAUCUUCUUCUGGAUGUCCAACUCCAUUGAGAUCCUCUACUUCAUACAGCAAAGAGCACCGGCGUACACACACAGCAUAGAGACACUCCAGGGGUCAAAGGAGUCGUUGCUAUCGGCGACCAUAUCAGCCAAUGAGGAGGCAAUGACUAUCUUGGAAGAAGUGAUCAUGUACACUUUCCAGCAAUGUGUCUACUAUAUCACCAAGGCUCUAUAUGUCGUGUUACCAGGUUUGUUGGACUGUAAUCCAUUCCCAAUCGACAACUCUGAGCCCUGCUGGAAAGGAGGUGUCGGGUUUCCUGAACCUGUGCGCAGAGUCCUGCAGGUAUUUCAGAACGGCCAGGAGCUCCUGCAGGGCUACCAGGUCCACCCGGAAAUUCAGGCUCAGAUGUUCGCUUACCUCUUCUUCUUCUCCAACGUGUCGCUGUUUAACCAGCUAAUGGACAAAGGUCCAUCUCGGGGUUGGUUCCAGCGCUCAAAGGUGUUGCAGAUUCAGGCAUGUUUGCGGAUGGUCAUGGAGUGGGCGAGCAGGUCCGGUCUGGGACAUCUGGCCGAAAAGUUCUUCACCAAACUCAACAGCACCGUGUCCAUACUGGCCACGCCCCCACAACAGCUUACGCAGUUGAGUUGGCGGGCUUUGUCCAGCGAGCACCCGGCUCUGAAACCCGUCCAGCUGCACAGGAUUCUCACCCAGUACCAGCUCACCGCAGAGAUCGGUCCCGUCCCAACAUGGCAACCCAGCAGUGAGGACGAGGCGUAUAUAUACAGAACAGUGGACCUCCUGGAGAGCUUUGAGAACCACCCUCCCAUAGUGCUGCCCAGCGCCGGCUUCAGAGUGGACCUGGACAGCGAGUGUGUGGAAGACAGCAUCUACAGACAGCUGUUGUAUAUCCGCCACUACCUGUGGGGGCUGCGCACCAAGACGCAAACACACACCAGCACCCCCAGUGUGCACACACACUCCAAUGGAACCAACACAGCCGACUGGCCCGACGUUCAGAGAGAGUUGCUGCCUCCAGCCAACAGCAGUCCCCGCUCUGGGGGUCCAGGGGACGAGGUGACGGCAGAGACGGGAGAGGAGAGAGGACGGGACAGACCCCCAGGCCAAUCACACACGCACAGCCUCAGAAGGAACGGCAUCAUCCACCACACUCGGACGGCAAAUCCAGACCCGUCCUGCCUCUUGACCCCUCCCAACACCCCGCUGUACCCGGAGGGAGGAGGAGGACAGAUCAUCGGCCCCAACACCCAGACUAAUGGCUGCACCGGCAGAACCGUGGCAGAGUGUAAAAAGGCCAACGGGCUCAUCGCCAACGGACUGGAGGGGUGUAUUAGUGGGUGUGAGUUUCCUUUCCCUGUAUCCUCCCCUGGCGCCCCUCCCCUUCCUGAUGACUUGUGUGUGGUGUUUGUAGUGGAACUGGACAAGGGACCCUACGGACUGGGCAUGGGACUUAUAGACGGCCUGCACACUCCUCUCAACGCUCCAGGCAUUUACAUCCGGACUCUGAUCCCUGACGGACCUGCUGCCUCUGACGGCAGACUGAGGAUCGGAGAUCGCAUUCUGGCUGUGAACGGGACCAGUCUGAUAGGAGCAGACUACCAGAGCGCGGUGGAUCUGAUUCGCCUUGGAGGAGGUCGCCUGCGUUUCCUUGUGGCCAAGUCCGACCCCGAUGUCUCAGAGAAGAUCAGUGCCUCAUCCUGCUGACCACCUCUGAGACGCGCACAACACACUACACCUGACGGAGAGGUAGGACAGCCAUUCGACGAGAGACGCAGACGUGCGCGCCGAUCAACAGGGUACAUACAAACACACACACCCAUGCGUACACACGCGGCAUGAAAUAUGAAUGUGAAACCGAGCGUCAGCACAAAGCCAAGCAAUCAAACUGGAGAUAACGCUCCAUGACUCCACGCCACAGCUGCCAGACCCGCUUCCUUUCACGCUAACUCCUGCUAGGUUCGUGUGACAGACAGAAUCCGUAACCCACCGCGACAUCAAAGGAAUAUGCUGCGAGGAAAAAUUGCCUAAUUAAUCAGAGUUCGAGGCGGGCGAGUCAAUAUGCAGUCUGAUGGUUUAAAGCACAGUAGAUUGUAGCGUUUUAAUUUCUCUUCAGUCGGCGUUCGGAGGAUGUGCACACAUUGGACUUUUUCCACCUGUAUUUUAGGACAAUUUGUAUUAUUAAUUCAGACAGUAAGUAGCAUGGUAAAAUAGCUACCCUGCUCUCAGACGAAGGGACUGAAACUGUUGGACGCAAGCUGAGAAUGUACUUUAUGAUUCUAAAAAGCUUUCCGAGACAAACGCGAGGACAGCCUCGGUGCACGCUGGAUGUUUUUCACAGUGCUUUUGAAGUGGAAUAUUUCAUAAUUCUGUUUGUUAGGGCCUCACAAAGCAGACCUGCUCAACAGACCAAACGAUUGUGUAUGAAUGUUGACUUUUGUACCGGAGAGUGGGGCAAAAGGACUCGAGACAUCGAGCCCAGCUCUCCCAUUGAACCUAAGCACUGGACUUUAUACCUCCACUGGAAUACAGAUGAGCUGUUGAGGCUCCAAAUGCACAGAUGAUGUGCGGCUGUUGUGGGAUUAUUUAUUGAUUACUGGAUCAUCAAGACAACAUGAUUCACUCUGAGGCACAAUCCUGGCGUGUAUAAACUACACUUUUGUUGUGAAUAUAUGCUGUAUGUAUCUGGUUAUGAGGUGUAAAUAGCUGUUUGUAAAUAUUGGUCAAACAUUGUUUGAACAUUCAAAAACUGAAACUGCAUUUGGGAAACAACUGGAUCAUUUUUUUUCUGUAAUAUAUCGGUCCGUAAACACUUAAAUCUGCUGAUGGAAAAAAAAGAAACUGUCUUCUAAAAUUACAGGAUUGUAGUGAUGAGUUUGGGAUUUUUUUUUCUUCUACAUGUUAAUUUAUUUUAAGCACUAAAAGUCCACAAAAGCCGUGAGCUGCACUUUUUCGAAAAGGAUUAGCCCACCCAAAUGACAGAAAACAUUUAUUUAUAUUUUACUUCUAGUAGAAUCCAGACAUGCAGAUAGUCGUGGUUUUUGGCUAGAUUUCGAGAUACUUGUCUUUGAGAGUUUUCUCUCCAGAUUAAUACAAUAGAGGUGAAUGUUGUUUGAUUUUGGUUGUUCACAGCAUCGAAAAAUUACAUUUUAAAAAAAUCAACAGCAGCUGUCUUUACGAUUAUUAUAUU